AUGACGAUGCCAACGCCGACACAGGGCGUCGAGGUGGCGGACGGCAUCCGCAGGAACUGGGUGCGCGUCGCGGCGCCCAAGAACGAGCAGUGGACGACGGCCAUGGACGGCCUUGACAAGCUCAAGAUCGUCGAGGCCGCGCUGCCGACGCCCGGCGACGGCGAGGUGCUGGUCCGCAUCGACGCCGUGGGGGGCGCCUUCAAGAGCUACGACAUUCAAACCGACAAGGCCAUCGUCCCGUGCUCGGACAUGUGCGGCACCGUCAUCGACGCCCCCCACGCGACCACCACCACCACCACCACCUUCGCCGGUGAAAAGCCCUGGGCCGUCGGCGACCGCGUCCUCGCCAUCUACAUGCAGACGCACCUCUCCGGCCCCCCUCGCGAAGCCGACCUCUCCUCCGCGCUCGGCUGGCCCCUUCCCGGCGUCCUCGCGCGCUACCGCUGCUUCCCCGCCUCCGCGCUCGUCCGCGCCCCCGCCUACCUCUCCGCCGCCGAGGCCAGCUGCCUUCCCCGCGCCGCCGCCGCCGCCUGGACGGCCCUGCCUCUUCUUCGCGGCAGCAGCAGUUACCCCCCCGGCCCCGAUGACGACAAGGGCGGUCGGACGGUGCUGCUGCAGGGCACGGGCGCGGUGGCGCUCGCCGGCCUGCAGCUCGCCAAGGCGGCCGGCCUGCGCGCCGUGGUCACCGCGCCGUCGGACGAGCUGGUCGCGCGCGCGCGCGAGGAGCUGCGCGCCGAUGCGGGGAUCAACCACCAGACGCACUGGGCGUGGGAGGGCGACGUGCUGGAGGCGACGGGCGGGCGCGGCGCGGACGUCAUCUUUGAUGUCGGCGGGGCGCGCACGCUGGCGAAGAGCUUCGGGUGCGUGGCGUUUGGCGGCCGCAUCAGCUGCCUGGACGAGGGGAAUGGCGGCGAGGGGGGGGGGAAGAAGGAGGCGCCGGCGCCGGGGCUGGACGUGGGCAGGCUGGCGCUGAAGCGCGGCGUCACGGUCAGGGGCGUGCUGGGCGGUGGGAGGGAGGCGCUGCGGGAGGUGUUGGCGUACUAUGAGGAGCACGGGAUAAGGCCGGUGGUGGACGGGACGGUGCCGUUUAAGAGGGCGGGCGAGGCGCUGGAGCGUGUUAAGAAGGGCGGACGCUUCGGCACGGUGGUGGUGACUAUGGAGGAGGAGGAGGAUGACAAGGGAGGUGAUGGCGGGGACAAGAAGGAGGAGGAGGAGGAGGAGGAGGAGUCGAAGGCGUAA